UUUGCGGAAUUUUUUUUAUCUGUCAUUAAUUUUUUCCUCUACGUUUUACAUACAAUAAACUUGAAUUCAGUCAUUCUUUAUCUGUUUUAUUAUUUUAUUAUCAGGAGUGUUAUAGCAUGUACAGGCUCAAAGCAAAGGGCGCGGUCUUAGCGUCCUCCACUCUCAGAUCCCUGAGGAACAGCAGCCCCAGCAUCGGCAACACCACCCAGCAUGCAGGAUCACAAUGCCGCUGCUUAUCAGAACUGUACUUCCGCUCAAUGGUCAAACAAGGGAAACCCUUGCCCGGCGGGACCACUACCGGCGAAACCAACACAAAAGACCAACAGCCGGCAACCAAACAGCACACAACACCGCAUAUCUCGUCGAUCCCGGCGCUCAAAACAAAGCCCCUCAAAACUGCUCACACACCGGAACACACCGACGCAUUGCUGCCUCACAACACACACACCGGGAAGUACGUUCCGGAAAUCACAGUGGCUGAAUCAAAGUCGUUGCUAAGCGCACAGGAAAUGGCAGAGACGUACACGUAUGAGCUGCACGAGAACGAGUGGGGCAGGGAUGAGACGUGGUUGCGGUUCAGUCAGCUGCCCCGAGGGUCUCACGAUUACCUGCGCAACAUUGAUAUUAACCGCACACUGGCGUUGAUCAGGGGAUCGGACAGGAGAUCGCGACGUGAUGGGGGCGGCGCGCCGACGUCGAAGACGAUGAGCCGGAUGCUUGCCGUCUAUGGAGCCGCAAGCGAGGCCGGGAUUAAUCCCGACCACUACACAUUUCAGGAAAUGAUAGCGAUCAAUGUUGAUUUGCUCGAUUUUAGGCAUGCGCGAGAGUGGCUGGCCAGGAUGCUGGCCAAGGGCAUACAGCCGACCAUCAGGCCCUAUCGCGCCCUGCUUAAAGGGUAUAGCCGGGUGCCCGGCGAGAUUGACAAUGCUCGGCAGCUAUGGCAGGAGAUCAAACAGCAGUUGAGUGCCGGCCAGAUUUCAUCAAACAGCUCCGAGUCGGGAACCAGUGCCAACCUCGAUAUCAAAACGUACACGUGCAUUAUUGGCGCCGAGUGCAAGGUGGGCAACUUUGCGCAGGCCCUGAGCUUGGUGGACGAGAUGAGUGCGGCCGGUAUGGAGCCGGAUAUCGCCGUGCGCAACGUUAUUCUCGACGGAAUUGCCAACCACAGCGGCAUGGACGCAGCGCUGGAGGAGGUUGGGCAUAUGGAAAGCGCCGGGUUGAAGCCCGACGGGUACACGUACAAUAUCCUUCUUAACACGGCAGUCAGAGAGGGCCGCAACGAGCAGACCAGAGAGCUUCUGUCUGCAGCCGCCGCUGCCGGGUUCAUCCCCUCCAUCCAGGUCGUGCAAAUGCUGCCGUUCGAGCCGGUGGAGAUUGUCGACAUUAUGGCUGAGGGCAGCGCACUUGACCGCAUCCGCGUGUACAACACCUUGAUCAAGGCGUCCAUGCGACGCAACAACUUCAACCAGGUUCUGCAGCUCAUCGGGCACCUGCGAAAGCAUAACGUCCAAGCCAACGUGGUCACCUAUGGCAUGCUUCUCGACGCCCUAAACAAGGCCGGACGCCUGGAGCAGGCAAAAUCCAUGUUUAAGGAAAUCGUUAAUAGCAGAAAGGUCCAGCCAGACCUGCAUGUCUUCAGCACCAUGGUAGAUGCCUGCGGACGCAGCGGCGAUAUCGACGGGAUGUUCUGGUUCAAGAGCAAAAUGUCUGCUUACGGUGUUCCUCCGGCAGAGUUUGUAUACAAUAGUGUUUUCUCGGCGCUCGCCCGUUGGCGCAAGGACGACUUAUCCGUGAUUAUGGCGACCGUCGACGAGCUCGUGCGCAUCAGGCCGCCGGUCAGGCCGACCAUCCGCACGCUCAACUCGAUUUUUGCGGCAUUCGCCGGGCACGCGCGCACGGCGGGCCUCGAUGCAUCGGAGACUGCGUUUCUGCGCACAUGGUAUGCCAACACAAGCAGCAAGUACUAUGUAGUCAAGGACUCGUACCUGUACGCGUUGGCCCUCGAGGCAUUCACGGCUACAAAGUCCCUGGAUGACGCGCUGACGGUGUAUUCGGAUAUGGUGAGGCACUCCGAGAUGGACAUGUCGGUGGUUCAUACUUUUGCGCAGACGCCCGGGCAUAUGCUUGGCCUGAUGCGACUGGCUAUUGAGCAGCUUGACUUUGAAGUUGUGCUGAGGCUGUGGCGGGACUGGAGGCCGCUAGGUAUGCCCGAAUCUGACGCUGUUGUCCCACUGGUUCUUUUCGCUUGUGAUCAGAUGGGCCACCCGGGCACGGCGCAGGACAUCAUGCGCGGCCUGCUCACUACUCCCGAAGCCAGUCUGGCAGCAACAGCGGCAGCUGGUUCAGGCAGAUUUUACCCGCGGAUGGUCAACGAAUCGACACUGGCCCUGUACAUUGGUAUUGUCAUCAAGCACGGCAUCAAGGACGAUAUUAUUCCGACAAUGGAGUUGUGGAGAACCUCUGUCCUGGCCCCUUCGCUUCCAGAGGCUGCAAGCGCGGGGUCGUUGGAAGACGUGCGCUGGCGGCUGGAUGGGUCGGACUUGAGGCGCAGGCUGUCUGAAGAAACCGUCACCAAUAUUAUCAGGCUGCUGUGGCAGCACAACUCUGCGGAGGCCAGUGAUGCUACAGACAAGAUUCUGGCAUAUGUUGACAAAAAUUUCCCUGAAGCCAUGCCGGUCUAAACAACUGUUCCGUUAUUAUUAUUAUUUUUCG